UCCUGCUCACAUUCUUUCCUCCCUCUCGCUCUCCACGAGUUGUCUGCUUCUUUCUGUUUCUGUCUCUUAGCAUUUUUUACUUCAUUUUCUGCAGCAAUUUUUUUUUUACAAUGCAGACAAGAACUGUACAAGUAAAGAACCUGUCAGAUCUAGCAAGUGAGAGAGAAAUUCAUGAGUUCUUCUCUUUUUCUGGUGAUAUUGAGCACAUUGAAAUUAUAGGUGAACCUGGCCAAUCAAAGACUGCAUAUGUUACAUUCAAGGAUCCAAAAGCUCUUGAAAUCGCAUUGUUAUUAUCGGGGGCAACAAUCGUUGACAAGAUUGUGACAAUAAUUUGUGCUGAAAAUUAUGUACCAAAGACUGAGAUUAAUGAAGCAAGAACAGCAGACAGCAUUGUGUCUAUUACUCCUGCUGCGCAUAAUGCACCACAUGAUGAGGGUAGAACUAGUUCACCUAGCAGUGGAAGAAUGUAUGUUAGUAAAGCACAAGAUGUUGUUGCAAGCAUGUUGGCAAAAGGUUCAGCCAUAAGAAAAGAUGCAGUUAACAAAGCUAAAGCAUUUGAUGAGAAACAUCAGUUGACAGCCAGUGCAUCUGCCAAGGUCAUUUCCUUUGACCGGAGAGUUGGGCUGACAGAGAAAUUGACAGUGGGAAUUUCAGUGGUUAAUGAGAAAGUAAAGUCUGUGGAUCAAAGGCUGCAGGUGUCGGAUAAAACAAUGGCUGCAAUAUUUGCUGCAGAAAGGAAAAUAAAUGACACGGGAUCAGCUGUCAAAUCUAGCAGGUACGUAACUGCCGGGACAGCUUGGCUUAAUGGUGCUUUCAGCAAGGUUGCAAAGGCUGGGCAGGUUGCAGGUACAAAAACCCGAGAAAAGUUCAAUCUAGCCAUGUCAAACUUGACUACCAAGGAUCCAAUUGCAGUGUAAGUCAGAAUUCGGCAUCUUAAGAUCGCAUCUUUUAGAUCCUUGUUUACGCUUGCAUUGAAUGGCCUAGUUACACCAACUAGGAAAGAGGUAUCUAUAACUGGGGAUCUAGAUGCUUUGGGUAGGAUGCACAAAGUUGUGUUCAUUUUUGGCUUGACGUGUGUGCUUAUGCAAUACAAUGUUUCUGUUUUAUUUUUUACAAUAUUCUUUGAUGCCUAGGGGUAUUGUGUGUAUGUCCUUUGUAAUUUUAGAGCUUGUGACAUUGCUUUCAAAUCAGAAAGAAGCUGAAAUUGAUGUUAGCAUUGUGCUCAUUGAUACUUCUCUUUUGUAAUUUUUUUUUCCUUUAAGAAGAAAGCUGAAAUUGCACUCAUGUGUCAAAAGUUCAUCCUUCUGGCAUCCUUCAUGUGCAAACCAGAACAAGAUUGAACAAC